UUUCUGUUGGAGAAUCUAUCUGAGAGUACCAAAGUGAGGGUAAAAAAAAGAAGUUGCGAAUGAUUCGUUGGAAUUUUCCUCGCAUUUAGUCAAUAGAGGGUUUUAGAUAUUUUGUUAAAAUGACCUGAUCUUGGCGUUAAAUUUGCACACCGAUUUCACUUCUGCAUGGUGACGGAAUAGGGGAAGAUGGGCCCCUUUUUGCUCCUUGUUUUGCUAUCAGCGUUGAUCGGUGAAGGAUGGCCGGUGCCGGAUAUGAGCCAUAGAACAGGGGAUUCUGACCACUGCAACAAAACGGUCGACAUCUACCAAGCGGUGUCCAGUCCUCCAGUCACCGAAUUCAAUCGAGGGAAACCAUUGCACUGCAGUUACAAGAUUCGAGUCCGACCUGUUCGGGAUGACUGGGUAGUAUUCGUCCGAUUCACGAGACUCAGGGUCGGGCAACCCAAUAGCAACAGGUCCCAGUGUAUCGGAGGAUAUGUUCAAAUAGUCGACGGAUACAAAGACAGCAAUUUUAGCAACAGGGACUCACCUGGAUAUUAUUGUGGCGACAUAGACUCUCCAAAGACAUUUAUUUCCGAAACGCCACAAGUGAAGAUAAUAUUUCAUGCCGACAGUUAUGGAACCGACACCUUUCUGCAAUUCGACGCCAAUGUGGAAAAACAAGGAGAAGUUCAUGCUAGGUACGGCCAGUUCCCUCACUUAUAUCCUCACAGGCGAGGAGCUCCUGUGCCUGGCUCGUAUUGUGAUCGCACGUUCACCGAGUGUGCACCAAGCAGGUGCUUUGUCCAGUCUCCCGGUUUUCCAGGCAUCUACCCCCGAAACCUUCACUGCCGGUACCAUGUGAGUGUCCGGCAGUAUCUGGUGGGUCUGGACUUAACAGCCUUCGACGUGGACGGACUACGGUGCGACAACCUGCUGAUGUGUUUCCCAAGGCCGAUAUCGAAAAAAGCAGAUGAAUGUCCUUACGACAUCGUGAAGGUCUAUGACGGCUCCUCUGAUGACAGUCCGCUCAUUGUUAGCCUUUGUGGACGAGGAAGAUUGAAAUCGAAUAUCAUUGCAUCUGGACCAGACAUUUUAGUAGAAUUCAUUACUUCAAAUGCUGGACCACUUUUAAACACAGGUUUUCAUUUUAAAGCAGACAGCAUUAUCGACCCGGAUUCGUCGGAGCCUCUGCAGCUCCGAAACAACAGCUGCUUCGUUGAAAGAUAUCUGCCGGAAAACAAAGAGAGCACGUUCUCAAACAUACGAUCGUGGUACCCACCCAACACUACAUGCGCUUAUCGAUUUUACACAACUCCAGAAGACGUCAUACGAUUGGAUUUUUUGCUUUUCAGAAUAGAACGAUUCACACUGUGUGAAGAAUCCGUGAAACUGUAUGACGCCUCUGAACCUAGCCCUACGAAAAUAAUCACAAAACUUUGUGACAUGAAUAAAGCCCAGGCAGUUUAUGAAUCAACAGGUAAUUAUUUGUAUGUUGAAUUUGUGAGUUCCCGGGGAUCAUUGGAUGGUUCAUCCAUCAGUUACGAAUUUCAGGUGAAAUCAGUUGGCGCAUCUUCUUUGGAAAGUGGGCAUGCUUGCAACAGAGUUUUGGAUCACGAUGGACAAAUCAUCUUACCAUUACAUGAGCUCAAUUCCACCAGUCAGCCAGUUACCUGUAAUUACACUUUAGAUGCCAGUUCUCUUAUGCAUGGUAGAGUUAAUCUCACUCUAGAAGUACCUUUCGAAAAAACAACCAAAACUUGCCUUGACUGUAAGGCAGAAUCUGUUGUUUUAGAAAUAACUGGCGCAACCACUGAAGACACUCCUCUCUGUCUAUGCCACAUGAGCCGCAAACGAACCGUAACCAUUACAUCCCUAUCUCCAAUUAUGAUUGUCACUCUUCGUUCGAACCCAACAAGUGGAGAUUCUAAAGUACUAACCCCUUCUUCAAGUAAUAAGAACACGAAUAACAAAGACAUCAAUGGUACUUUCACGUUCUUCAGUGAUGCUCGAUGUGGGCCAGAAGUCCUGAAACUAGAUUUGCAAGGUUCAAUAACAUUUCCAUCGUUCCAAGAUGGCAAUCUUCCUGGUCCAGUCCAUUGCGUCUGGCAGGUUCCUCUAUUACCAGGCAAAGACGCUGGGUUCCGACUGGAGAACUUUAUUGGUAACAAUUGCAGUUUUGAUUAUCUGAAAGUCAAUCACAUCCUUCUUUGCCCUACUCUCGCAGAACAUUCCUUCGUUGUGCAAAGAGAAGAGAUCAAAAGCUCAAAUGUUAUCUUAGAUCUAAGGGCCAGCGAGGCCACUGAGGUUAACUUCACCCUGUGGUGGACUCAGCUUCGAGUUUUGCCAGCACCUUCAACAGCAUCGGAUUAUUCAUUAAUGUCUUUGGGGAAAGAAUGCGAGUUUUUAUGUGCAGCUUCUAUGACUUGCAUUCGUAAAGAACUGGUGUGUAAUGGCAUUCCUAACUGCCCCAGAAGCAAGGAUGCUCCUCUGAGAACAUACACACCAGAUGAAGAACCAUCUAUGUGCUUAUCCGGUAAACAUAAUUUACAACUACAUUGGUGGGUUAUAGGAUUUGGAUUAGGGAUUUGCGCCUGCAUAUUGAUUGGACUGGUUUAUUCUGUUUGCAGAAGGUGCCAAAAUCACAGAGAACGCUUUUAAGAGAAUGUUAUUUUAUUCUCACCUUUACACACAAACACACAUCUUUUGAAAAUCUCAAUGGUGCUUUUGUCUUUUAGAAUAAAGUUGGUUUUUUACUCACA